AUGGGCCAGUGUUUUGUUCCCGAUUGCAAUCAUCAAUCCGAGCGUGAAGUCUGCCGUUUUUAUCGAUUUCCGAAGGAUCCACAAGUAAAGCGAAAGUGGCUUAGACAAAUCAGGCGUGAAGACAAGGAGCCGACCAGCAGUUCGAGGGUCUGUGCAUGUCAUUUCCGCGACGGCAAGAAAAAGGGAGGACCAGAGAUCUUCAAACGUAAUGUCGACAAGAUAUUUCCAUUAACGCCAGCCCCUAAAAAGAAAGCUACCAAAACUAAACAACUGAGUACUGCUGAUGCAUGUACGACAGCAAUAGGAAUUGAACCAGCUACACGCACUGAUCCGGGACCAAGUGAGACAAACAGACUCAAAGUUGAUAAUGUAAUCUUGAAAGUACAGUUAGAAGAGACCUCAAAAGAACUGAAAGAUCUUCAAACCACUGCCGGUUACAGGAGAGAAAAAUACAGCAUAGAAUCAUUGACAGAUGAAGUUGUGUGUAUGGAGACAGGACUCCCAAACAAGAAAAUUCUAGAAAUUGUCACCGGGUACCUACAACGUUUUGAGGAUAACAUAGAAUAUUUCAGCGGCUGGCGAGUCAAAGCAAUAUCAUUCCAGGACCAGAUCUUCAUCACGCUCAUGAAGCUGCGCCAAAACUAUACAAAUUUACAUCUAUCCCAACUAUUUCACACCAGCACUGCCACAAUCCGCAACGUCGUCAUCACAUUCCUCCACAUCUUAUUUGAUCUACUCUACGAAGACACAAUGAAGACCGUCCCAUCCCGCGAAAAGAACAAAUUGUCCAUGCCAGACGCAUUCCAACUCUUUGGGAGUUGCAGAAUGGUCAUCGACUGCACCGAUGUGGAAAUUGCUGCUCCGAAGCUAAUGAGCGACCAGAAGAGAACAUACUCUUCAUAUAGAGGAAUGCAUUCCUUUAAACUUCUCCUUGGUGUAGCACCAAAUGCUGUGAUCACUUAUUGCAGCAACUUAUUUCCAGGGUCAGUGUCUGACAAGGCAGUAGUAAAGGAAUGCGAUAUCCUAACCCAUUUCAAGGCCGGCGACCUCAUCCUUGCGGACAAGGGUUUUCUCAUCCAGGACAUUGUGCCACCAGGUGUUGCAAUCAACAUACCCCCCUUCCUGUCUAACGGCAAGUUCAGCGAGAGUGAGGUGAAGAUCACCAAAAACAUUGCGAAGUGCCGGAUCCACGUGGAAAGAGCCAACGCCCGCCUGAAGGACUUCAGGAUUCUCACUUUCAUUCCCCCCUACCUUAGGUGCUACACUGAAAAGAUUGUGAAAGUCUGUUGCUCUCUAGUCAAUCUACAGCACUCCCUCAUCAGAGAGAUUAGAGACACUGCCGAUAACGAAUAG